AAUAGAAUUUGUUUUGGUUAGUGCUUGGAAGCAGGGUAAACGUUGCAAGAAUUUGGCUAAAACAAUGAUCUUUUUUAAACGUUAAAGUUCGGCGUUUGCCAUAAAAAUAGUGCGUUAGAAAAUAUAAAGGUACAUUUGAAACGCGAUAGUAUUUUUUAGCCUGAUUCGAAGCCGAAUCCAAGUAUUCGAUCUGUAUUCAACUGUAGCGACUAAAGCAAGAGAAAAAUACCCGUAUAUAGGGCAUGUACAAGGAAACUCAUGUACAAGGAAACUCAUGUACAAGGAAACUCAUGUACAAGGAAACUCAUGUACAAGGAAACUCAUGUACAAGGAAACUCAUGGUCCCUCCCUGGACAAGCUUUUUCGUGGAAGAAUGGGUUUGGGAUUUUCAAAGUCGCUCACCCAAUGUCUACCUCUGCUAUCACAACAAGGUGGCAUGCUUCCACAUUGAUCCUGUUGUGGAGAGCACUGGCACUGCUGCUGUUUUAGGUAAUAAGGCAUUCGCCCAUGGACAGCAUUACUGGGAAAUUAAACUGACAGAUGUUCGCGGUACUUCAAUGAUGAUAGGUGUGGCUACACAAGAUGCAAUGCUACACACUGAUAAUUAUGAAUAUGUGAAUCUAGUUGGUCGGGAUCAGGAAAGCUGGGGACUUUCACACCGGGGUGAGAUAUGGCAUGGCGGCCAGAAGUGGAAAUUCUGUGAGCCAUUCUUUGAUUCAACAGUAAUAGGAGUGCUUCUGGAUAUGGAUAAAGGAACAAUUUCUUUUUUCAAAAAUGGUCAACCCCUGGGCGUGGCUUUUACUGGGCUGCAGGACAGAGGGUGCGAGUUGUACCCUAUAGCUUCAUCAACUGCUAGCGAGUCGGAAGUCGAGCUUGGUUAUCGCUGUUGUAAAUACUCUACACUGAUAGACCAGUGUUGUAUGGAAAUUAUAAAACAUGUAAAUAGGGACAAUAUGAACAGAUUACCUUUGCCUGGUAGAAUAUGUAAUUUAUUAAAAUCUAAAUAAAAUUUAUUAAUUCAGA